AUGAACGAUACAUCCGCUGCUAACAUCAGCUUAAGAGAAGAUCUUAAAUCAUCAAAGGAUGCUCCCUCCAAGGCGGAAGGGAUAACGUUGUGCAGUGCUUUUAUGCUGACAUUUGUUUUAGUUGUCGUGGGAAACUUACUCACGAUUAUUCUUUUUGCGAAAAACAAAGGUAUUCGCAAGAAAAGUUUGUUUCUACCCGUCAACAUGGCGUUUGCUGACCUGCUGCUAGGAGUUGUGAGCUUACCUUUAUAUACUUACUACGUCGGCUUCCACUUCCAGCUGUGGACCACGGGAACGGAAGGCUUUGAGAGCACCAAGGCUCUCGACAUUUUCUUCAUGGUAGUUGAUACAUUGUUCUCACAAGCCUCGCUUAUUUCUGCAGCCGCCAUUUCCUGUGAAAGAUUUUACGCCGUGCGUCGGCCGUUUCAGCACCGAACAUUGUCAAAACGAGCGUACUGCAUUGCUAUUUUCGUUGUGUGGAUUCUCGCUCUCUUUGCUUCUGCGAUCUGGACUGGAUUAAAUGUCCUCCUUUCUCACAAACACGCCAUGGUUGUUUGGGGGGCACAUACAUUGAUUCUCGUGCUUAUCAUGUGCGGUUGUUACAUUGGUAUUUGGACAAAGUUUCAAAGUGGAGGUGCCGCCUCUUCACAUCAACAAAACAGAGACUUGCAAAACAAGCGCUUGACAAAGACUUUGCUGUUUGUAUCUGGCCUUACGUUGCUGGCGUGGUUGCCUUUAGUUAUCUUUAAUUUCUUAAUAUCUCUCUGGGAUUUAACUGUACAAUGGAAAUUUUAUUUCAUGGUAAACGUUUUAAACUACUCCAACGCUUUUGUCAAUCCAUUUGUUUAUGCAUUAAGAAUCGCUGAGUUUCGACAAGCGGUGUCCAUGCGUUGCUUUGGAAGAGAGCCUCCUAUUAUCACAAUGCUAAGUAAAACAAAGGAUGAGGGGCAUGGAGCAACUGAAAUCAGUCAUGAACUGGCAUUUGAAAACGAUGUUAUGGAUAGUAAAUUGUAA